UGAAAAUUGAAUCAGAGUAGUAGAGUUCUUUCUGGCGGGAAAGGUUUGGGUGCACGUUGAGACACUGGCACGCUUUUGUAUUUCAGAAAAUACAUUAUUGGAACGGUUCAAUUAUGACAGAAGAAUCUCUUAUACUUUGACUCGUUAGAAAGCAUUAUAUUUCCACGAUGACUCCAGAUUGUUUGUAUUAAGAUCGAUAAGCGUUCAUCAGAAAAAUGAUGUUUAUAAAAUUAGAUAUUGCACGGCUAUUUGAAUGAAUAUAGAAUCUAUACGUACAUCUUAAGAUCAUAAACAUUUCUGAAACCAUGGAAAGUGAUACGGAUAACAGACGGAAAAGGAAAUCUGCAGAAUCAAAAGAGUAUCGAUCAAAACUUUCGAAAACGAAAGAAAAUGCUUCUCAAUUUACACAAGAGCCUAAAACAGGUAAAAUAAAAAAAAUUCUAAUACGAAAUUUCAUGUGUCACGAUGCCUUGGAAGUAACAUUAAAUCCAAAUGUAAAUUUUAUUAUUGGUCGUAAUGGAAGUGGAAAAAGUGCAAUAUUAACAGCUUUAACAGUUGGGCUUGGUGGUAGGGCAAAUAUUACUAGUCGUGGAGCAUCUGUAAAAAAUUUUAUAAAGAAGGGGAAGAAUUCAGCUACUAUUGAAGUAAGUUUAUUUAAUAAUGGAUCUAUGGCAUAUAAACCUGAUAUUUAUGGUGAUUCAAUAACAGUUUUCCGAAGUAUUGGAACUACAUCAUCUUAUAAGAUAAAAAAUUGGAGAGGAGAAGUGGUUUCGACAAAACAAAAUGAGUUGGCCAAUAUAUUAGAGGCAAUGAAUAUUCAAAUAGAUAACCCUAUUUCUAUAUUAAAUCAAGAUAUAUCUAGAACAUUUCUAGUAUCAUCCAAACCAGAAGAAAAGUAUGAACUAUUUAUGAAAGCAACAUUACUAAAUGUAAUUGGUAACAAUUAUAGAGAUGCUGAAUUGACAUGUGAACAAGAAUAUGAAAAGUUGAAACAGUAUAAUAAAAUUUUAGCAGAUGCUAGAAAAGAGGUAGAAGAAGUUAGAAAAAGAAUAGAAAGAGCAGAAGAAAUUGAUAAAUUCCGCGAUGAAGUAGUCGAUCUUGAGAAUGAGUUAGUUUGGGCAGUUGCUAUAGCAGAAGAAAAAAAGUUAGGAAAAUUUGAGCAUGUUCUAAAAAAAUGUGAAGAUAAUUUUAAACAGCUUCAGGAUACAGGAUCAUCUGCAAAAUCAAAAGAUGAAGAAAUAAAUAAGAGAAUUCAGGAAUUGGAAGAAGAAAUUGAGUUUGCAGAAAAGGAAGUUGAUAAUAAUUCUGAAAUAUAUAAUAAAACGAGACAAGAAUAUAGCAUAAAAAAAAAUGAGCAUUCUACUAAAAUACGCGAGUGGCGUUCUGUCCAAAGUAAAGUUAAAAGAUUGGAAGAUGAUAUAAGUACACUUCACAAAGAAAUACAUAGAUUAGAAAGUGCUGAUAAUGCAGAACAAAGUGAAAGAAACCAAAUAAAACAACAAUUAGGUGAUUUGGAACAAAAAUUAGAUGAGACCGAAGCAUUAUUACGAACUAAGCAAACUUAUCAAAUGCAUUUAGAAACUGAUAAGAUGCGUCUUCUUAAAGAAAUUCAAACUUCAAGAGUUGAAAUCAAUAGUUGUGAAAAACGUAUAGAAAAAAUUAAGUUGGAUAUAAAUGCAAGGAAAAAAUAUUCUGAUAAUACAUUAACUGUUUUUGGGCGAAAUAUACCACGUCUUUUAAGAAGAAUCGAAGAAGAAUAUAGUAAUGGACAUUUUAAGGAAAAACCACGAGGUCCACUUGGAGCAUACAUAAAAAUGAAAGAUCCAGCAUGGGCUCCUGCUGUUGAACAUUUUUUAGGAGCAAGUACUUUUAGUACGUUUUGUGUAGAUAACAGUCGUGAUGCCAAAGUAUUAAAUACAAUUAUGAAAGAAAUUUAUUUGAAUGAAAGAACUCCACAAAUUAUAUGUAGUAAAUUUUAUAAUAUUGUUCAUGAUGUCCAUGCACAUUGUACCAAAUCUUCACAUUACCCCAAUCUUUUGGAUGCAAUGGAUAUAUCAGAUCCGGUGGUUGCUAAUUGUUUAAUCGACCAGCGUGAAGUUGAAUGUAUUCUGUUAAUUCCAUCUAGCAAAGAAGCAGCUGAAAUUAUGUCUAAGGCUUCCAAAGUUCCACAAAAUUGUAAAAGAGCGUUUACCCAACGGGGUGAUACAUUUUACCCAGAUCCACAAUACAGAAGUUAUGGUGGACCACGCAGUUUGAAAGCUAGAUUUCUUCAGGUUUCUAUUACAGAUACUAUUAAUGCAUUGGAAGAAGAGGUUCGUAUUAUAGAUAAUGAAAAAGAUAGUGCCAUAGCAUUGUAUAAAACUACUUUUGAAAAAGAAAAACGUAUAAGCACUGAGUUAGGCGGCGUUAAAACAGAAGUCACGAAGCUUCGUACCAUUCAGAAUCAAUAUAAAGCAUCAAUUAAUGAUCUAAAGGAUAAAAUUGAAGCUAAUGAAGCUAUAUCUGUGACUGUCUUCAAAAACGAAUUGAGUGAGUUAGAAAAGAAAUUACAUCAAGAAAAAUUUGAAGAAUCAAAUUUUAAUGCUAGCAUUCUCCAACUUCAAAAAGUAGUUGAAUCUUUAGAGGAAGAAGUUAAGCAUCACAGAGAAUUAAGGCAAAAUCUAAAUUUAAAAAUUAAUCCUUUAAAGGAAAAUAUAAAAGAAUUACAAGACGAAAAGGAGGCAUUGCAUGCACAAACUCGUCAUGCUACAAAGAAGCUGCAGGUAGCACAUCAAGCCUUACAGCAGGCAACAGUAGAAUUUGAACAACAGCGAAGGUGUACAGAAAAAGCAGUGACGAAUGCUACAAAUCGAUGCGAUAGAAUAGACACGAUAAGAUCGAUUAACGAGCUUGAAAGAUUAUCCAAGGAUGUAAAACAUAAAAUUCUUGAAAUAGAACGAAUGUUUGGUACUAUCGAAAAAUUACGUAAAGAAUUAAAAGAAAAGGAAGCAAAAUGUGGGAAAGAUAUACAUUUGAUCUCUAAAAUUGAAAAAAAUUACCAAGAUCAUAUAAAACGAUUGGAAUUUCGAAAGAAGUUGUUUACUGACAUGAAACAUACGUACGGCAAAAAAAUUCAAAAUUCAUUUUCAAAUAUCCUUGCUUUACGAAAUAAAAACGGUACUGUAAAUAUUAACCACGCACGAAAAAUGCUUGAACUUGAAGUACACUCGUCAAACGAUAGUAACAAGUCAAUUAACGAUGCAAGAUCAUUGUCAGGUGGUGAAAGAUCAUAUUCCACUGUUGCUUUCAUUCUAGCACUUUGGGAAUGUACCGGUUUACCUUUUUAUUUCCUUGAUGAAUUUGAUGUCUUUAUGGAUAAGGUAAAUCGUCGAAUUAUAAUGGAUAUUCUUUUGGAUCAUACUAAAAUGCAUCCACAGAGCCAAUUCACAUUUCUGACACCUUUAGACACAUCUAAUAUCCUUGCAGAAGAUUAUGUAACUAUACAUAAGCUAGCUGCACCAGAAAGAGGGUCAUAAGAGUAAAAAGUACAAUACAAGAUAAAUAUUUUUUCUUAAUAUAUUUUUUUACCAUUUUUGAGUUCUAUAUGAGAUUCAUUAAUAUAGUUUAUAGUGGUUAAAAGACAAACUACUUAAUAAUUAGAUUAAGGGAAAGUAAAAAUGUGAUUUAUAUGUAUUAAAGUUAAGAGAGUAUUAUGCUAUGAAAACUUUCAGUCAAUUAACAGAAAAAUAAAGUACAUUAUUUUUGUCAUAAUUUAAGGAUGUUUUAUCAAAUAAGUGCACGCAGGUGUGUAGAUUGUGCAAGAUAUAUUUUUAUACGUAAAAAUAAUAUAUCUGUAAUCAUAUUUUUGUUAAAUAAAAUUCAUUUAUGAAGCAGA